AUGGCAGACUCAAACAAUACCCCCAUUAUUAACCCAGACUAUGAUCUCGACAAGCCCAUAACCUCCAAAGUCGGCCUCCGUCAAGGUCUCGCAUCAUACGGCGACCCUCACUUCUCACUCUUCCUGCGCAAAGUAUUCAUCAAAGCUCUUGGAUACAGCGAAGAUGCACUCUCGCGACCAAUUAUUGGCAUUGUCAAUACAUACUCCAGCUUCAAUCCUUGCCAUGCCAAUAUUCCCCAGCUCAUUGAUGCUGUAAAGAGAGGUGUGCAGCUCAAUGGGGGUUUGGCGAUUGACUUUCCCACCAUCAGUAUCCAUGAGUCGUUCUCAUCGCCUACGAGUAUGUAUUUGAGGAAUUUGAUGAGUAUGGAUACGGAAGAAAUGAUUGCGGCGCAACCUUGUGAUGCUGUUGUUUUAAUAGGAGGAUGCGACAAAACUACGCCUGCUCAAUUGAUGGGUGGUAUCUCCGCAAACAAGCCAAUUCUUCAUCUGGUCACCGGUCCAAUGAUGCCUGGUAGUCAUCGUGGAGUUCGCAUCGGAGCUUGCACUGACUGUCGCAACAAUUGGGCCAAGUACAGAGCUGGAAGUCUAGACAUUGAGGAUAUAUCAGCAAUUAACGAUGAACUAGCACCGACUGGAGGAACUUGUGGUGUCAUGGGAACAGCAUCUACCAUGGCAUCCAUACUCGUCGGUCUAGGAAUGAUGCCCUUUGCCGGCGCCACAGCCCCAGCUGUAUCAGCCUCCAGACUUCGAAUCGCAGAGGCAACUGGUGGAUUGGCCGUGUCUGCGUGCAAAGAUGUUGAACGUCUGCGCCCACAAGCUUUACUCACACGAGAGUCUUUCUUGAAUGCCAUUACUGUUCUGCAGGCAAUUGGUGGUUCGACCAAUGCCGUGGUUCAUCUCAUGGCUAUCAUAGGACGACAUCCCAAGGUAGCCGGGACAAUCACGUUGGACACUGUCGAUGAGAUAGGGCGCAAAACACCAUUGCUGGUUGAUCUCAAGCCAAGCGGUGAUAACUACAUGACCGAUUUCCACAACUCAGGCGGAAUGCUCGCUUUGUUCCACCAACUCAAACCUCUUCUCUAUCUCGACGCUCAGACAGUCACCGGGCGAACCCUCGGUGAAGAAAUCGCCCAUCAAUCCCUCAUCCCAGUUCCACAAGAACUCAGCGUCAUCCAGCCCUUUGACAAACCUCUGUACCCAGCAUCUUCCCUCGUCGUCCUCCGAGGCAAUCUAGCCCCCGGAGGCGCCGUCAUGAAAGCAAGUGCCUCCAAGUACAGGAAGCUCCUCCAGCACACUGGUCGCGCAGUGGUAUUUGCCAACUCUGCAGACAUGGCCGAACGGAUAGACGAUCCAGAUCUCGACGUCACUCCCGAUAGCGUCCUCGUUCUUCAAAACAUCGGCCCUAUUGGGAACCCGGGUAUGCCAGAAGCAGGCAUGAUUCCUAUCCCGAGAAAGAUUGCAGCGCAGGGUGUUUUGGACAUGCUCCGGUUGUCGGACGGUCGUAUGAGUGGCACAGCUGGAGGUACGAUUGGGCUUCACAUAUCGCCUGAAUCAGCAGACCCCAAGUCACCGCUUGGUAUUGUCAGAAAUGGGGAUCUCAUCACUUUGGACGUGGAGAAACGCAGUCUAUCUGUAGAUCUAUCUAAUGAAGAGAUCUCUCAAAGAAUCCAAGAGAGGGUAAAGAGUUUUGAGCAGAAUGAUGCGGCACCAUGGGUCAAGAGGGAGGGUAUGAGAGGAUAUAGAGGAUUAUACAUGCGAAGCGUGAAUCAAGCACAGCAAGGCGCCGACUUUGACUUUUUGACGGCCGAAGGACCUCAGAGACAAUAA